UUACACUGAUGAAAAAAUCUUGAACCCGAGCAACAUUUUAUAGAUUUGUCAAGGCAUCACAUGCGUCUUGCUAUAACCUUUUCCUACGCGUUGUUUAUUGAGCAAUGUUUUCGAUAAUAGACAAAUGUAUUAUAGUUUUGCUGUUACAGUGUUUAUACAAACUUUUUUUCUUUUUUUUGUCGGUAUCAGUUGCUCACAUGUGCUGUCUCUAUAAGCCUCAAACAUUCCGUGCGACUAUACUGACCUCUACGCAUAAUAUCAUACGACACCUGUUCAAAUUGGUCUACAUGCUGGCUUGUUAACAGGCGUGAACAGCCCAAAUAAGCAUAGUAAAGCCUUGCAG